AUGGCCAAUCCGGGAACUGCCCUGCGCUGGAAAGUUGGGGACGAAGAGGCAGUGGAUGGAAUUUCAGUGGAGAGAAAAGACACUGAGUAUGACAAAGACAAGGAAAAGAGGCUUCGUCGACACUCAAGCUCCAGGACAAUUGAUCCGAAAACUGCAAUUCCUAUUGAAUAUCGGAGCCUUUCGUUCGAGAUCGAGGAUGAAGGGGAGAGAAAAAAACGAAACAAACGACAGGCGGAUAGUGAUAAGAUGGUCGAAGAGUGGCGCAACAUUGAAUGGCACACCUUAUCCACGGAAGAAAUCCAAAAGCGUCUCGAUGUAGAUGCAUCGCUUGGAAUCUCCAACGCCUCUGUAAAGGAACGUACUGAAAAAUAUGGCGCAAACAAAAUCUCGCCGCUUCCAAAUCCUUGGCUCUGGAAAAUCCUGGGCUACUUCUUCAAGGGAUUUGGCUCGAUUCUUCUGGUCGGUGGAAUUUUGGUCUUCAUUUCGUGGAAGCCGCUAGGACAGCCCCCUUCAGUUGCCAAUCUGGCUCUUGGUAUUGUUCUCAUUGCGGUGUUUGUCAUUCAAGCCGCUUUCAACGCGUGGCAGGACUUCUCUUCCUCACGAGUGAUGGCCUCGAUUACUGCAAUGCUUCCCGAGUCAUGCAUUGUUCUCCGUGGUGGCUCGCGUGUGGAGAUAUCUGCUGUUGAUCUUGUCCCAGGAGAUGUGCUGACCAUCAAGGCUGGUAACAAGAUCCCGGCGGACAUUCGGUUUAUCGAAGUAUCGCAUGAUUUGAGUAUCAAUAGAUCCGUGAUCACCGGAGAGUCAAACCCGAUUAAGGGCAGUACCGAAAGCACAUCUGACAAUUAUCUUGAGACGAGAUGCAUUGGGCUUCAAGGAACUCACUGUGCCGCUGGUAAUGGACUUGGUAUUGUGGUUGCCAUUGGCGACUCCACGAUUUUCGGUCGAAUCGCAAAGUUGGCAGGUGAACCAAAGACCGGCCUUACAACAAUUGAAAAGGAAGUUCUUCGCUUUGUGGCUCUAAUCUUUGUUAUCAUGGUUACUUGGAUUAUCGUUCUGGCUGCCGUCUGGGGCGGCUGGCUUCAUAAAGUCCAUCCCGAUUAUAUCAAUGUGCCGACGCUGAUAGUGGAUUGCGUGAGUGUGGCUAUCGCUUAUAUCCCCGAAGGUCUUCCCAUCGCCGUCACAGCAAGUUUGACUAUCACUGCAAACAUCAUGAAGAAGAACAAGGUUCUUUGCAAGUCACUCAAGACUGUUGAGACCUUGGGCUCGGUUACCGUCAUUUGCACCGACAAGACAGGUACAUUGACCAGGAAUCGCAUGGCUGUUACUGAUUAUGCCGUACACGUAACAAAAUCCGUUCUUGACUCUACAGGCGAACACACGGCGGCUAAGCUGAAUGAUACCGUACUCCGACAAAUUCAAGCCUUAACCGGUCUUUGCAAUGCAGGUGAAUUUGAUACCGAGUCGGCGAAUGCUCCACUGAGCGAGAGGCGCAUUUUCGGCGAUGCCACAGAUCAAGCCAUUCUGAGAUAUUCCGAGAGUCUUGGAUCCGUUGCUGAGCUUCGCAAAUCCUGGCAAACAAUUUUUACUCUUGGAUUUGACAGCAAGAAUAAAUUCAUGAUCAAAGUGAUCAAAGCUGCCACUCCAGGGGCCCCGGCUAUCACUCUUUCGCCUGCCGAGGCCGAGAAAUUUGAUUCCAAUGACGUGCUUUUUACCAUCAAGGGAGCUCCAGAUAUCUUGAUUGAGCGAUGCUCAAAAGUACUUUGCCCAGAUGGUGAAGUCAAGUCCUUGACAGAUGCUGAUCUUGCCGCCAUCAAGCACUUGAAGGAUGAAUGGUCUUCCCAAGGCAAGAGAGUCAUCAUGCUGGCUCGCAAGGUUCUCGAAAAAGACACGAUACUAGCAAACCCUGGCGACGCGGAAUUUGAGGCUCAAAUGCUGAGUGAAGCUAGAACAGGUCUUACCUUGGUCGGAAUGGUUGGCUUGAUCGAUCCACCACGAUCUGAGAUCCCAGAGGUCUUUCAGGUGCUCCGACAGGCACAGAUUCGAGCUUUUAUGGUUACUGGUGAUUUCGGACUCACGGCCCUUGCUAUUGCCCGGAAAUGCAACAUUGUCACCGCCGAUUCCGUCCACGAUGCAUCCUAUCUUUCUAAAUCUGCAGUCUCGUAUGAGAAAGAGACGCUCAUAUCCCAGUCUGCUUUGUCGAUCAGUGGGCCGGAGUUGAUGACUCUCAACGAUCAUCAAUGGGACCAACUGUGCAAGUAUCCUGAGAUCGUCUUCUCUCGUACCACUCCCAAUCAGAAACUGCGGAUUGUGCGCGAGCUUCAGUCAAGAGAAGAGAUUGUCGCAAUGACAGGAGACGGUGUCAACGACGCUCCUGCCCUUAAAGCAGCUGAUAUUGGCAUCAGUCUCGCCAGCGGCUCAGACAUUGCCAUCGAGGCUGCCGAUAUGGUGUUGCUUGAUUCAUUCGCUGCGAUCGUUGAAGCUGUGCGCUAUGGUCGCGUGGUUUUUGAUAACCUGAAAAAGACAGUUGCUUAUCUGCUACCGGCUGGUUCAUGGUCUGAGUUCUGGCCUGUCUUCUGCAAUCUUGUUUUCGGAAUUCCUCAGAUUCUUUCCUCUUUCCUCAUGAUCAUCAUUUGUUGUUUUACUGACUGUGCUGCCGCUGUUGCUUUGGCAUAUGAGACCCCGGAAGCAGAUGUGCUAUUCCGACCCCCGAGACAUCCGAAGAAAACACGACUUGUGGACUGGAAAUUAAUGUUCCAUGCCUACGCUUUUAUCGGCAUGGUUGAGACAGCUUUAUCGUUCACCAUGGCAUUCUGGUACCUGGAACGGAGUGGAAUCCAUUUCUCUGACCUUUGGUUCAAGUUCGGAGCCAUACCCGAAAAUGUGACAGAAGACUAUUAUACAGCCAAGGUAAAUGAAGCAAGCUCAAUCUACUUCAUCAAUCUUGUGGUCAUGCAAUGGUUCAACCUAAUGGCGGUACGAACGCGUCAUCUUUCAAUAUUCCAACACCCUCCGGCAUUCAAUAAACAGACCCAAAAUCUGUACCUAUUCCCUGCUAUUGCAUUUGCCCUGGGAAUUUCGGUUAUUUGGCUGUAUGUUCCUAGUUUGCAGGUCGUUCUGUCUACUUCGGGUAUUCCUGCCGAGUACUAUUUCCUCCCAGCUGCGCUUGGAAUUGGGCUAUUGUGUCUAGAUGAAGCGCGAAAGGCUGCUGUUCGUCGUUGGCCAGAUGGAAUUUUGGCAAAAAUGGCUUGGUAA